UUCCUCUGCGUGCCGUGACGUAGCGCGGCUGCGGGCCGCCGACGCAGGGCUGGGUUUCCAUUUUCAUUACCAGAGAGGCUUGGGGAACAACAACAUGGAGCCGGAUAUUGAGGACAAAACGUUGGAGCUUAUGUGCUCUGUGCCUCGCUCUCUCUGGCUCGGCUGCUCCUCGGUGGCAGAGAGCUUGUGUGCACUGAGGUGUCUACAGAGCAUGCCCAGGGGCCACAAUCAGAACACCUCGGUCAUGGAGCCUCAGAACGAGCUCUCCCCAAAGAAGACCUCUGUGCACCUGGGAAAGAUCAGCAACGGGCCAGUGACAGGAUCCAGAAAGAGGCCGUCGGAGGGCAACUACGAGAAGGAAAAGGACGUCUGCAUCCAGCUGUUCGACCAGUGGUCCGAGGCCGACCAGGUGGAGUUUGUGGAACACUUGAUCUCUCGCAUGUGCCACUAUCAGCACGGCCACAUCAACUCCUACCUCAAACCCAUGCUGCAGAGAGACUUCAUCACCGCGCUGCCCGCCCAGGGUCUGGACCACAUCGCGGAGAACAUCCUGUCGUUCCUGGAUGCGCGGUCGCUGUGCGCGGCUGAGCUGGUGUGUAAGGAGUGGCAGCGCGUCAUCUCUGAGGGCAUGUUGUGGAAGAAGCUCAUCGAGCGCAUGGUCCGCACAGAUCCCCUGUGGAAGGGCCUUUCCGAGAGGCACCAGUGGGAAAAAUAUCUGUUCAAGAAUCGCACGACAGAAGUUCCGCCAAACUCAUACUACCACUCUCUGUACCCCAAAAUCAUCCAGGACAUCGAGACGAUCGAGGCGAACUGGCGAUGUGGGAGGCACAACCUGCAGAGAAUCCAGUGUCGCUCGGAGAACAGUAAGGGAGUCUAUUGCCUGCAGUAUGACGAUGAGAAGAUCAUCAGCGGGCUCAGGGACAACUCCAUCAAGAUCUGGGACAAGCAGACCCUGGAGUGCUUGAAGGUUCUGACGGGACACACGGGCUCAGUGCUGUGCCUGCAGUAUGACGAGAGGGUCAUCGUCACCGGCUCCUCUGACUCAACCGUCCGGGUAUGGGACGUGAGCUCUGGAGAGGUGCUUAACACCCUCAUCCACCACAACGAAGCUGUUCUGCACCUGCGCUUCUGCAAUGGGCUGAUGGUCACUUGUUCCAAGGACCGCUCCAUCGCUGUGUGGGACAUGGCCUCGCCCACCGACAUCAGCCUGCGCCGCGUGCUAGUCGGACACCGCGCUGCCGUCAACGUGGUCGACUUUGACGACAAGUACAUCGUCUCCGCCUCCGGGGACCGCACCAUCAAGGUGUGGAGCACCAGCACAUGCGAGUUUGUCCGGACCUUGAAUGGACACAAGCGGGGCAUCGCGUGCCUGCAGUAUAGGGACAGGCUGGUCGUCAGCGGUUCUUCCGACAACACUAUCCGUCUGUGGGACAUCGAGUGUGGGGCAUGUUUACGUGUACUGGAGGGCCAUGAAGAGCUGGUCCGCUGCAUUCGCUUCGACAACAAGAGGAUUGUCAGCGGGGCAUAUGACGGGAAGAUCAAAGUGUGGGACCUGCAAGCUGCUCUGGACCCAAGAGCCCCAGCCAGCACGCUUUGUCUGCGUACACUGGUGGAGCAUUCUGGCCGCGUUUUCCGGCUGCAGUUCGACGAGUUCCAAAUCAUCAGCAGUUCUCACGACGACACUAUCCUCAUCUGGGACUUUCUGAACGUUUCACCGAACGGCCAGACAGAGGGCCGAUCGCCUUCACGCACCUACACGUACAUCUCCAGAUAGCAGGAUGAAUAUGGCGGCAGGCGCGGUGUGUCCUGGAAGGUUUGUCUGGUGAUUGGCUGUGUCUGUGUGGGAGAUGGGAGGCCAGCGAGUGGACAUAGCCUCCUCCUCCUCCUACUCCUCCUCCUCCUCCUCCUCGCUCCCCUUCUCUACCUUCUCUCCCACAGUCUGGGUGUCUCUCAGCCCUUGUAUCUGCCCCACAAACAGAGCCUGGCCCCCCCUCCACACCCACAUGCACACACACACACUCACGCACGCACGCACACACACACACACACUCAGUGGGGGGGCUGCAAGGCUCCCAGACUGAGUGAGCGUGGGGCAGGUGCCACCACAGCGCCAGUGAAGGGGCUGGGGGGCGGGGGUUCGGGAGGGGCUUCUCUGUUCUGAGUUCCGGUCCUAAGAUGCGCAGUGUCAAGACUUCCUGUGUCUGGACAUCCUGUUGUGGCACAAAGGGACACAGACCCCCCAUGGAGACCCUGCAUGUGCCCAGCAUCUCAUGCUGCCCCCCCCCCCACGUCUUUACCUCCCCCUUUUUUUAAAUUCCAAAAUGUCUUUUUCUUUGUAAUAUUGUACUAAACAUUGUAGUUUCUCGCUUUCCCAUAAUUCCCCCCCCUUUCUCUUUCAUUCUUGCUGUCUGCCUGCUUAGGUUUUCAACGGUCUGUAUCUUGGAGCUGAAUUUAGCUGUAAACAGAAUUUGUCUUGUCAGAAAUUGUGUUGUAUAUUGAAAUGAUUUUUUUAAAGAAAAAAAAACACAUUAUUAAGAAUAAAGUACUUGACUGUGA